UAAGAUCAGAUACCGAAACGGCGAGAAAACAGAUUCUAUUUUGCUCUGAGGAAACACUGAUCUAGAAUAUACCCUAACUGUACAUGAGAAUGGAAAGAAGAGUUCUUGUUUGCCAGAUUUUGUACUGUCUUAUGAACAAGUACGCCACCUUAGCGUGUAGUUACGACGAGGGCUGUUAUGAAUGUUACCAUAAUUCACAUUGUCCAAGUGGACACAUCUGUCAAGAUGGGUAUUGCAUUCGAUUUGACACAAGCAAUGAUUCCUCCAAGAUCUCGUUGUCAAGUAACACUAUACUCAAUGUGAUUGGAGCUAUCGCAGCCCUGAUAUUUCUCAUUUGUUGUUGCGCGAGGCAACGACGAAAUGAAAGAAAUGAUAACGUUAACACUACGCUUUCGAUUGUCACCAUGGAUAGAAGUUCCACAGCAAGAAGCGUCCAGCAAAAUAGGAAUGUUCGAAGUGAGGGAAUGAGCUCAGUGAACGAACAGCCGGAACGCGUAGAAUCGCGCACACAUCAAAUCUCUUCUCUUGUCACAAUUAGUGGCCCACAGUCAUACAGUGAAGUUGGACAUGAAACUGAAGCACCUCCACCAAGCUACGAAGAAGUCAUGAGGGCUUCACCGGAGACUGUUAUCCACGAACCCGCGAACAAGCAACGGCUUGUGGUCAUGGAGAUCUAUGUUGGCACUCCCAAAUAACGAUUGGGAACUAAAAUCCUUUUCUCCAACACUCCUUGGGCUUCCUUGGGCAUUUGAAUCUCGUGCUUGACGAAACAUAUGAUUCGAGGUUUUAGUUGGUUCGCGUUAUUACCCUGGCAGACGAUUUUCUUCGGGAUUUUCUGGAGGUCUCCUUCCCUCGGCAAAAAUUAACUCUCUGAAUUUGAAUUCGACCUGAAAACAGUCGACGAGAGUAGCCUUACUGUUCACUGCGGUUUUGUCACUGGCGCUGGUUACUGCGUUUCUCUCAAAAUGAAGAGCAGAAGAUCGGAUGCAUAUUACUGUACUUAUCCAAGAUAUCAUUAGGGACGAGACGUGGCUGCCUUAUGUUCUUUGUUUAUAGCUGUUCUCAAGAGAUAUCUUGCUGUUCUGUAUAUGUGAAAUUGCCUUAAACAAUUAGGUCUUU